ACGGACGCGACCGCCGCCACCUCCACCGUUUCUCGGCGGUCGCUCAGCUGUUUCUGUUUACUAAACAAAGGAGAGCCAGUCCGACGCUGGAUGGCGAACGGCGCGUUCGCGCGCGACGUCACUCAACCUCCGCUCGAGGAAUCGACGACGAUUCGAGUCCGCGCAACGCCGUGAAGUUGCUGACGCGGACGCGAAGGAGAGUAUAUCUGUUCUCGUCGAGUCGAAUGCGUAGGAGAUAACUGUCUCGCGCGCCCGCGCGCGCGCGCGUACAAGUGUGCGUGUGCAAUUUACGUAUUUAAGUGCAUGUACCGCGACGGAUGUGUGCAACGACGUUCUGAUCAUCGAGGGCGACCUGCGGAGUACAAGCAAAUGCUGUAAAAAUGCCGUCGUUGCUGGAAGCGUUGGAGCUGAAGUACGGCAGCUCGACGACGGACUGCUCGUUGACGGACGACGAGGCUGAGUCCGGGUCGCCCAAAGCCGCUCUCUCGGUGAGCAUCUUCAUUCCGAAGAAGUCGCCGCGGCACACGGUGCCGGCGUUGCUGGUUCUCCAGGACUGCGACAUCGAGUCCGCGGGCAACGACGCCGAGAAGCUGCGCAGCAAGUGCAAGAACGUCGAGGAGCUCGAUCUCGCCCAGAACAAGCUGUCGCAGUGGACGGAGGUCUUCGGCAUUCUGCAGCACAUGCCCAAGAUCAAGUUCGUCAACCUCAGUUUCAACUGCCUCGCGGAGGUGCUGGACGUCAAACACGGCAACUACGAUCUCCUGAGAAACCUCGUGCUGAACGGCACCAGGGUGUCCUGGUCGACGGUGCAGGGCCUCGUGCGGCUUCUGCGAAACCUCGAGGAGCUGCACUUGUCCUUGAACGAGUACAAAACGGUGGACCUCGAUCACCUCAAGCCGGAGAACGUCAACCCGGCGCUCAAGAAGCUGCACUUCACCGGGAAUCCCGUCGAGAUUUGGAACGAGAUCUCCAAGUUGGGCUAUCUAUUUCCAAACCUGAAGAGCCUCGUCCUCGCCGAGUGUCCGAUCAGAUCGCUCGGUCUGGAGGAAAAUCGGAAUCUGCCUGCCGAGACCGAUCGACGUGCUAAUAAGGAGGAGGAUCGCGGGCAGGACAGCGAGAACAUGAAUCAUUUGGACGCGGACGAGCGCCACACGUCGUCGGCGGACGAAAAGGGAAACCGUAUAUUCGAGAGCAAGGUGAAUUACGACAGAUCCGAGUCGGAGUCGGAGUCGAACGGGACGAGCAUCAAGUCGCCCCACGAUCCUUUCAGGAUGCUGAGGUUCUUGAACGUGAACGGUACCCUGUUAUCGGCCUGGGACGAGGUCGAGAGGCUCGCCAGGUUCCCCGCCCUCAAGUCGCUCAGGAUUCAAGGAUGUCCGCUCUUCGAGAGCCCUCGCGAAUACACGGAGCACGAGAGGCGGCAGCUACUAAUAGCUCGGUUGCCCAACGUCGAGACUUUGAACGGCGGCGGAGUGAUAUCGUCCCAGGAACGCGAGGACGCCGAGAGGGCCUUUAUACGUUAUUACAUGGACAAGCCGGAGGCGGAUCGCCCUGAAAGAUAUUCCGAGCUCGUGGCUAUUCACGGAAAGCUGGACCCCUUGGUGAACGUGGAUUUGACACCGGAGAAGAGGGUCAAGGUCACGUUCACUUACGGAGAUCUCGUCGAGGUACGAUCGGUGGAUGUAUAUAGAACAGUUUUCGAAUUAAAAACCAAACUGGAAAGUAUGGUGAAAAUUCCUGCCAACAGAAUGAGACUCUUCUAUGUUGAUCAGGAAAUGAAGGCGCAAUACGGACCGGAAGAAAUGCUGUAUCCGAAUAAGCAGCUCUACCGAUACAACAUCAGAAACGGGGACGAGAUCAUCAUCGACAGUAAACUGAAUCGAUUCGCGUCGACGUCGUCCACAUCUUCCAUUCGUUCCUGAAGAAGAUCGAGACGCGAUUCGGGCGGUAUUUUGAAGAAAUCCGAUGACUCUUCGGGGAUUUUUUGAUCUCUUACUUAUUGCUUCGCGAUGCGAUUCGUUUGUCGCUGAAUUGUAACGAUGAAGAAACGUUCUACACGAUUAAACGUUGUAGAUCUUGAGAAUCGAAAAUCGUUACAAUCCGUGAUUCGGAAACGUUUCCCUGCAUGAAGAUAUAUGUGAACUAAACAAUUUAGAAGAGUGUUCGAUGUUAUAUUACACAGAAAUAUUUCAGAAAUAACGAGUGAUAUACUACACACGAUAAUGAAUUGGUGAAAUUUUUAGGACGCGAAGUAUCUCUUUAAAAAAAAAAAAAGCUACAUUUUUGCGCAAAUCAUUAACGAAUUAUCGCGAUCGAUAAUGCACUUUAAUCGCAGCAAAGUCGUCUGACGCUAUUUACAGAUAAUUAUUAUAUACAAUUAUUUCUCUGUAUAAGAAACUGAUCCAAUCGUCUUGACGUAUGAACUUAAACUGCUACUAACAAGUCUGGCGCAUGUAGAGAAUCAUUGUUUCCAGUGUAUACAUGUACACUUAGAUAAAGUAGAUGGUCGUCGA